AUGAAGAAUCCUCCCUUUCUUCCAAUUGGAAGUAUAAUUUACAACAGAGACACAGAUGACUCCUUUGAAAUUACUGCAAUGAUCGGGCGCGGAGGAUUUGCGCAGUGCUUCUCCGUCCGCAAUUUGAAAACGCAGGUGGAGUUGGCUGCAAAAAUAAUUAAGAAAACAGAGCUUAUCCGAGCAAAAAACAAGCAAAAGCUGCUUUCUGAGAUCAAAAUACACCUCUCCGUGAACCACAAAAACAUUGUGAAGCUGUUUACGUAUUUUGAAGAUAAGGAUUUUGUGUUUUUGAUCAUGGAAAUAUGCCGCAACAAGAGCAUGAUGGAUUUUUUAAAAAGAAACAAGCUGAUAAACGAAAAGCACGUAAGGAUCUUUCUUCUGCAGAUCAUUUCAGCGCUCGACUACCUGCACAGAGAGUGCUCCGUGGUGCACAGAGACAUGAAGCUCGCCAAUUUGUUCCUGGACGACGACUUUAACAUAAAAGUAGGCGAUUUUGGCCUGGCAGCUGUUAUCGACAGAGAAGAGAGAAAAAAGACCAUAUGCGGAACGCCAAACUACAUAGCGCCUGAAGUGCUGUUUGGCUCAGAAGACGGCCACUCUUUUGAGGUGGACAUUUGGUCGGUUGGCGUCAUAGUGUAUACCAUGAUAGUGGGAAAGCCUCCUUUUCAAAAAAGCGAUGUAAAAGAGAUCUACAAAUCAAUAAAAACAAACAGCUACGAGUAUCCAGAGGACUGCAAGAUAUCCCGAGCAGCAAAAGAGCUCAUUACAGGGCUGCUAGAGCUCGACCCCAAAAAAAGAUACACGCUCGAGCAGAUAUACAACUCAGAUUUUAUACGGUCAGAGCCAGUGGGCGCCCUUAAAAGGCCUAUUCCAUCGUAUGCUCCUGCUUCAGCAGGUGUAAAGACAGAAAACGGCACCAGCACUAUCAGCAAUGCUCGCAGCACACAAACUACCAUAAAUAGAAACGGAAAUGAUCCUACAUGCCGAAUGACUGGAACAAUUGACAAAAACAUUUCAGAAGUGUACACUGCAACCAGCCAAAACUACAACAGCGCGAACAGAAGAACUCCUCCCAGUGCUGCACUGCGCAGUGCACCGAGUAAAUUGGGGCUACUAUCAUCUGUCCAUAUGACCGUUCUUUCCCUGCUGGGCAAUCACAAUAAUAACUCUGCUAUUUCUGUGGGCACAUCGUGUCCAAAUGAUUUUGUUAGCUACACAGUGGACUACACAGAUAAAUACGGGCUAGGAUACAUUUUAGUGUCAGGCACGGUUGGUGUGCUGUUCAAUGAUGGCACUUCCUUGGUUUUGCGCAAAUCAGCUGUGGAUGCGGUGAGAAGAGGACAGAGUGUGUUUGAAUUCGAAUAUUUUGAACAUAAGGUGUACGGAACCCAGAAGAUAAUCACAAAGGAGAAAUACAGCACAAAAACAAUCAGCAGCAAACUGGAAAAAAAAGUUUUGCUGAUCAACUAUUUUAUACAAGGGCUAUUCAGACAGGCGCACAGUGCUAUUGAUGGGCUGUCAGAUGAAAGCACAUUUGUAAUAAAACAUGUAAAUUUUGCAAGAGGCCCUGUGCUCAGACUGAGCAACAGAGUCAUUGUAUUUAUAGUGGACACAAAGAUUCUUGUUUUCCACGGAGAGGGAAAACACAUCUACUAUGGUGGCAACCCGUAUAUAGAAAGAGAGACAUUGAUCUAUUGCCACGAAGUGUUGUCCAUUCUGCUUAGGAAGUAG